CCCAGCUUGGCACACAUUCCGUCAUACCCAUUGGAGGAAAUUGGCUCACCCACUCAUUACUUGAAUACCUGCUCGGAACGAGGCGCACCGCGCUAAGGAACGGUCUAGAUCGACACCACCAACUCCCCAAUUCAUACUCCACGAGCUGAAGCGAUCAUUCAACCAUAAUAUCGCGACAUCCUCCAGCAUACUUUGUUACUUAUACAGCGACGAUCACCCGCAAUACGCCUCGGCCAUGCUGUUUAAUUCCAGCGCUCUUGUUGCGGCUUUGAGCCUGCAUACUGCUUUCGCAGCUCCGGCAAUGGAGCACAAAGAGCACCAUCUCGAGGAUAUCCAAUGUCGCUGCCUGACAUUCCGCGCAAACGAACGACCCACCCCAUGCAACUUCUUCGAGUCCAGGGGCUUUGACUGGAGGUCCGCACAGAUACUUGCAUCACAGUACGACAUCAAAGUUCAGUUCGCCAGCAAGAGCACCAUCUCCAAGGUGCUUUCGAUCUCUGCCCCGCUUCCGAGCGAAGUGCUGCAAACAACCAACACUGGUGAUGCGCAGUCGGCAUCGAGAGAUGCGAAUAUCAGCCAAAACAAGAUUGUCUGUGGCUUUGGGAAGGAAGUCAGGCGCAUGAGCCACCAUUACCGAGACUAUGAGCCAGAAAGUCAUUUUGUGGGACAGGUAAUUGGUUGGUUGAUGCUGUUUAUCGCUUUGUACGUCGUGGGCGAGUACGUAUGGACAAGAUACUCAUCUCGAAGUCGACCCAUCAAGCUCAAAGGAGAAGAGAAGCAUCUCAGGGCUAGGUUUAGCAACACCACCUCCUCGAAAGACGCACCCUCAGACUUCUCUUGAAAGAGUUACGAGGUUGCGACAAAAUAGUCUUUCAACCAGCAUCCCCGAGAGUUGUACUUCCGGUUCCCUCGCAUGUCAUCGGUCACACUGCGCGAGAACGAUGCCGGCGCCAAACCCUGACACACAGAUGGAGAUUUCUGAGCCACGACCAAGCAUGAAUGAAACAACUCCAUGCAAUUAGUGGCUUUGUGUCCUGUUGCUGUGUGCAUUCGGGUCGGCAUCGCCAUCUUACGGAUAAAACACCACAUCAAUCCAUCGGUCGAGACGAUUCCAAGAGCUAAGGGUUAGAUACAUGACGUGUGGUGCGGAACAGGAUAUGGAGGCAUUUAUUUAUGCGUCAGGUACGCGCAGGGGAUCGGAUCGACUGCACUAUCUCUCUCACGAGGAGCAUGUAUGGGGCCGGUACUUUCAAGCC